CACCUCCACCUGCUGAAGGUGCUUUAACGCUUGUUGUUUCCUAUAGUGAUCCUCGGGACACCUCCACCUGCUGAAGGUGCUUUAACGCUUGUUGUUUCCUAUAGUGAUCCUCGGGACACCUCCACCUGCUGAAGGUGCUUUAACGCUUGUUGUUUCCUAUAGUGAUCCUCGGGACACCUCCACCUGCUGAAGGUGCUUUAACGCUUGUUGUUUCCUAUAGUGAUCCUCGGGACACCUCCACCUGCUGAAGGUGCUUUAACGCUUGUUGUUUCCUAUAGUGAUCCUCGGGACACCUCCACCUGCUGAAGGUGCUUUAACGCUUGUUGUUUCCUAUAGUGAUCCUCGGGACACCUCCACCUGCUGAAGGUGCUUUAACGCUUGUUGUUUCCUAUAGUGAUCCUCGGGACACCUCCACCUGCUGAAGGUGCUUUAACGCUUGUUGUUUCCUAUAGUGAUCCUCGGGACACCUCCACCUGCUGAAGGUGCUUUAACGCUUGUUGUUUCCUAUAGUGAUCCUCGGGACAUCUUAAGACGAAAGUGAUGGCUGAGUCAAGAAUGACAGAGUCACCGCACCUUAGGAUUGUCCUGUUAGGCAAGACCGGCGUUGGGAAGAGUGCAUCAGGAAACAGCAUCCUGGGAAGAAAAGCGUUUCUGUCCAAACGGAGUUUAGUCUCUGUGACAAAAGAUUGUGCAGAAGACAUGUGCGUAAUUAAUGGUCGUAAUAUCUCUGUGGUGGACACUGUGGGUAUUUUCAGCACUAACAGCUCUGAUGGACUGAUUGAGGCAGAGUGCAAGCGGGCCAUGGAAUCUCCUGUCCCCUGUGUUUUCCUUGUGGUAAUAAAAGUGGACAGGUUCACAAAGGAAGAGCAAGAAGCCGUGGAGAGAAUUGAAGACAUAGUUGGUAAAGAGGGAAUGGAAAGAAGCUGUAUCCUUUUGACACAUGGUGACAUGGCAGAUGAGCUGACAGUGGAUGAAAUGAUUCAAGAAGAAGGAGCUGAAGACUUCCGUGAAGCAGUGAUGAAAUUCCAGGGGAGGUGCUAUCUGUUCGACAAUAAGAUUGAGAGUCGUGAUCAGGUUGACAAUCUUCUGACCAAACUAGAACCACUCCAAAAGACUGCUUCCAACAUGAAUUCAGAAAACACCACGGAGAGCUCAGCUGAGAGAAGAAUUGUGUUACUGGGCAGAAGUGGAGUUGGGAAGAGUGCAUCAGGAAACACCAUUUUGGGUCUGAGAGGAUCAGAGCAGUUCAGGUCUGACUGUAGCUUUAACUCAGUAACAGAAAAAAGCCAGGCCAAAUCAGCAGUAGUGGCAGGAAGGGAAGUCAAGGUGAUAGACACACCUGGCCUCUCCAAGGGGAAACACACUCCUCAGCAUGUGUUUAAUGAGAUGAUGAAGAGUUGCCUGCUCGCUGAAGAGGGGCUGCAUGCUUUUGUCUUAGUGAUUGAACUGGGCAGGUUUGAAAAGACUGAUGAUGAGAUAAUUCACUUACUCAAAAAGGCAUUUGGUAAGGAGGCCUUAAAAUAUGCAGUGGUUCUUUUCACACAUGGUGAUAGACUCAGCAGCCAAAACAUUGAACAAAAUAUACAGGCAAACGAGGAUCUUAAAAAUCUUGUGGACAUGUGUGGUGGCAGAUACUGUAUCUUCAACAACACAUCCAUGAACAACGAACGGCAGGUUAGGGAGUUGUUUACGAAGGUAGAUGAGAUGGUACAAGUCAAUGGUGCUACAGCCUAUGUUGGUGAGAUUGUCGGCAUAGCGCGCACUAUCAUGCGAGAACAAAGAGAGACCACUACAGAUAACAGCGAUAGGCUGAGUACUGCCUGGAGACGCUUUUGCGACUGGGUGGUCGCCAUCUGGGUAGCAGUGCGUGAAUCUUUUACACGUUUUUUGGAAAACACCAUCAUCUUUGUCAGAACAUUUCCCCACAAACCUGCCCACAAUUACAGCGAUCUUUCACAAACGUGCUAAUUCACAGGUCAUUUUAAUCAUCUGGAAAUAUUUACAGACAGUUGAGGAUACUUUUUAAAGGUUAUUUUCGAGGUACCCAUGUUGUGGUAGAUACUUGUUAGUGGAUAGAACAAAAUACGGGGCGGCAGGGUAGCCUAGUGGUUAGAGUGUAGAGGCGGCAGGUAGCGUAGUGGUUAGAGUGUAGAGGCGGCAAGUAGCCUAGUGGUUAGAGCGUAGAGGCGGCAGGGUAGCCUAGUGGUUAGA